AUGCGGGCUGGGUGGGCCCAGUCUCACCGAGACCCUGAUGGGCCAGUGUCUCGGGUGGGGUCUGCGCAGCAUCCUGAACACAGCGGCGAUCCUGAGGGACCCGUGAUUCUUCUAGCCCAAACCUGCCCCGCUGGGUCUCGGCCGGUGGACCAGCAGGGGCCGCCGAGUGCCGACCCCUGGGCUGGCUGCUGUGGGCCUGCCUCACCCGGCGGAGAACGCACAGCCACUCCGUGGGAACCGAGGAGCUUCUGCACCGCGCAGGCCUGGCUAGGAGCCCAAGCGCAGAAAAGACGUUUUUGUAUUUCGACAAGGCUGAACACCUUAAUGCCAAGCUGUGCCGCUCCAGUUGGCCUGCCCGGCACAUCAGUGGGGAGCGUGUCUACUGUGAAGCACUGGGCAGAAUUCAGUGGGGGUGGCUUCCGCACGUAUCUGCAGCUAGAGUAUUUGGAGCGAGCUAAUGCUUUGGCCCGACAGAAAGAGGUUUCCUUCCUGCUGCCUGCUGUGCUGCGGAGGCUGUCAUAUGGGGGUCCCGUGCUGCGCAUUCUCUCUAUGCCUGACGACACCUUAAUCAUGAUCAGAGAAGAUGGAGCUAUUUAUUUCUGGUCCCUGCAGCUGAAGUUGAAAAGAAGAAAGCGGGUCUUUGACAAGUCCACCAGCCGGAACCCCAGGUGGAUGACAGAUGUCAUCAGCAUGCUACACUGCAAUAAACUGAUCAUCAGGACCAGCAGAGUGAUGCUGCUCUUCAACCCAGAAAUGAACAAUCGGCCAAGAGUGGUGGCUCACGCCUGUAAUUCCAGCACUUUGGGAAGCCGAGGUAGGCAAAUCAUUUGAGCUCAGGAGUUUGAGACCAGCCUGGGCAACAUGGUGAAACCCCGUACCUACCAAAAAUACAAAAAGAUUACCCAAUGUGGUGGUGCACACCUGUGGUCCCAGCUCCUUGGGUGUUGGGAGCUGAGGCAG